UUGAAAUUACAUUACUUAAUAGUUUAACUAUUACUGAAAUUUAUAUUAUUAUAUUUUUUAGUAGUUUUACGAAAUGCCAGUGUGGCUGUGGCCGCAAUUUCUCAAUCAAAUGGCGAUGAACAAUCGGGUGCGAAUUGUUGUGGUUGGCGAUUCGGGUGUGGGCAAGACCUGCCUGACGCAUCUGAUCGCCCACAACGAGUCCCUCAUCCGUCCCGGCUGGACAGUGGGCUGCAACAUCCAGGUGAAGAUUCAUGAGUUCAAGGAGGGCACCGCUCGCCAGUGUCCCUACUUUGUGGAGCUGUUCGAUGUCGGAGGCUCGCUGAGCCACAAAAACACUCGCAGCGUCUUCUACACGGGCAUCCAUGGCAUCAUUCUGGUGCACGACCUCACCAACGGCAAGUCGCAGGAGCAGUUGCUCGACUGGCUUUAUGAGAUCGUUAACAAGGAGGGCAAGGAUACGUACAAAUCGCGGGGCACAUCCAUGCCCCCAUCGCCGUCCACCCCACUGAGCAGCUUCUCAUCAAACACCUCCGGCACGGAUGGCCACAUCCGGUUCGAUAUGGAGGAGUUUCUAGGCGCCACGCAAACGCCCAUCCUGGUCAUGGGCACCAAACUGGACCUCAUCGACGAGAAGCGGCAGCCCAAGACGGCGGUGAAGAAGGCGGGCGGAAUAGCCGAUAAGUGUGGCGCCGAGGAGAUUUGGCUGAAUUGCCGAGACAACCGGAGUCUGGCCGCUGGAACCACUGAUGCCGUGAAACUAUCCCGCUUCUUUGACUGUGUUAUCGAGAAGCGCGAAUCGCUCGGCGGCAGCGGAGGCCACGUAUUUGGAAUGGGCGGCUUCACCGCCGGCAGUCCGCCCGAUAGACGACGUUAUGGCCCAACCAGUGCCAAGCUGGAACCAAGCGCCGUGCCCCUUCUGGAGACCAACGACCUCAAGUGACUAAUGCAUUCAAUUGAAUAGUUCUAAGUCGAACUGUAUAUAUCGUACGAGAAUCAUAAAAAACGAUUAAUUCCAUGA